AUGGAGACGCCCAGAAGACACCUGGAAGGUGAAGGAUUCACCGACAUUGCUCGCGAGCGCGAGCCCGGCAAGCCGGGGCCCAGGCGGUUGCCGAGCAACUUGAAUGAAGCCUUGGCAAGACUUCACAGCAUCCUGGAGGUCCUGCCAAAAGGAUGGCGCCGGACAGCCAUAGAAGGUCUGUCCAAGCAGCUGCGUCACGAGCUGAUUGAGUUCGUGGAGGGCACGAAGAAGCAUCAGCUUCGUCACGUCCGCCCGGCAGCCAAGGCCAGAUCCGUAAAGCCAUCGGUCAAGCCAGGUUCGGUCUGGACAUCCAGAAGGGCCUCUGCUCAGAAUCACCGGGCUCGUUGUCAGAUUGGCGGAGUUCUCGUUCGUUCCAGCAGCGUUCGCUGCCGCGAACAGGCGGAGGUCUUGCUGCAACGAUUACGUGCGGCGAUGUCGGAGGUACCUGAGGCGUUGGAGCACAGGCUGCCCGCAGCAGCAGCUGCGCUUUCCAAAAGCUGCACGGUGAGCUUCGUGGUGACUUUGGAUGCGCGUCGCUGGAUCGGCCGCAGCCUGGAGUCGCCCACGCUCCACAGCUUGGCAGAGACCCUGAGCUGGAGGCGCCGAGCAGCAGAGGCCGAGGCUGGCGGCUGGCCGCGGGUGAAAGCGCUCUGGAUGGAGUGGAUGCAAACGACGUCAGCGCAGCCGCGUGCAUUUCAGCGCUCUCGCCGAAGUGCGCGUGAAGUCCAUCGACUUGUGGCUGCUGGAGAUGUAUGUUUUUCCGGGAAAGCGGCAAAGAAGCGUGCCCGCCAGGAGGCCAGCGAUCGACGCUUGGCACGCCGGCUGCGGGCCGCGGUGACGAUCGCCGAGGCCUUGCUGGGCCGGGCCAUGGUGCCAAAACGGUCAUCCAAGACCUCGACCCGAAUAUGCGAGGUCAGCAAAGGCAGAAAAAGAGCUGUUGUAGCCAGCCACUUGACUGAGAUGAGACAGUGCAACUCGCACAGUCUCAAGUGUAGAUGUCUGCAACUGCCCCAGAGAGUUCUUACAGAGCCGGACUUUUUUGGCUUGAGCCGCGACAACCAGGGGCAAGUUGCAGGCGCCUGA